AAAGCACUGGCUGUUUCCCGCUGGGCCGGUUCCCUCACCAGAGCCGAUCAAAACAUGGCCACAGUUUCAGUUACCGGGACAGCUGAUGUCCAGCCGGCAUCUACCCUCCAUGGGCAGGAUGUCCCGGCGUCACCAGAUCUGGAGCUGCUCUGCAGAAUGCAGGGCAUGAAUCCUAAUCCGACGAACAAACUUCAAACCCCAGACUUCAAUUUCUUACAGGAACUGGCAAAGCUGCCCGCCGAUUUCACGGCAAUACCAGGAGGCACCGAUGUCCAGGCCAUGCGCCGCUGGAUCGACAAUGUUUUCUUGAAAGGACCUCUCGCCGAACAUAGAGCGAGAUGCGACAUUCAACGUCGACGACCUGAAGCCAAGAUCGACAUAAGCGAUGUCUCCGUGCAGUGUUCAGAUGGGAGCCAGGACACAUUCGUCAUACGGGUGUAUGAGCCCCAGCUUGCAGAGGAGACUUCAAAGCAGCAGCAGCUGAGACCUGCAAUACUUAUGCUCCACGGUGGCGGUUGGAUCCACGGGAAGCCUUGUGGCGACGACACCAUAUCGACACUGUUCGCGUCGGAGCUCGGCGCUGUCAUUCUGGGCGUCGAUUAUCGGCUUGCCCCCGAACACCCAUUUCCAGCCUCUCUACACGAUUGCACCGAGGCAAUUGCAUGGGCAAUUCGAAACACUGAGAAAUACCAUAUCGAUAUCUCGCGCAUAGCACUAUGGGGUGCUUCGGCAGGCGGAAACCUUGCAGCAGCUGUUGGUAUCAAACACACCAAGGAGCGUCCAGUGACGGGAUAUCCCAGUCUGCGGCUGGUGAGCCUCGUGGUCCCUGUGACUGCACACCCAAAGGCACAAGAUGCAUUCAACAAGCAACGGCGGCUUGAAAGGAGCAGCCUCGAGGAAGCAGUUGCAGACGUGCCAUCCGCUCCGGAGCUGGUGGUCAAGGAAUUCGAGAAAUUAUACGACCUCUAUAUCGGCGACUCAACCGACAUAGACGAUCCUUUGGUAUCUCCUCUGAUGGCCAGAGACAUCGCACACCAUCCCAAGACCCACAUCACAGUCGCCGCUUGCGAUUAUCUGAUGCCUCAGGGUUUGGCAUAUGCGCAGCUUCUUCGCUCAUUUGGCACACACGUCACUGAAGAGAUCCUCCCUGGUGUUCCCCAUGGCUUCACCUUUCCAAUGAAUGCCGCUGUGACGAAGAGGUGGCUUGAGAAUCAGAGAGACAUCUUCAUGGCAGCAUUGAGCUGAGAAGACCCUGACUCGAGGUAGAAUAGAUUGCAGUUCAAGUUUUAAUUUGGUCCAUUUAAGAGAGAUCGAUAAAUCGAUCGAUGGGGUCUGGCGAAUUGUAAUCAUAAGUCUGUCCAAU